AUGCCGCGGCAUUCAGACCUGUCCGAUAACUCGGACUCACCUGCCGUCAAGUGCUUCCAAGAACUACCUGAUGACACAUACGAAGCCAUCGGAUCGGAUGCCAACACUAUCCGGAGGAUCAUAAGACAGCAACAGAACCUUCCUAUCGAGGUGAUCAAAUACCUACAUUUCACAAACGUGCCACCAACCAUUGCGGAAGAGUUUUCCUCGAGCUCCGCUCGAUCUAUGUUCAGUUACGACACUCGAUCUAUGAUAAUAAAGCUCGUGACCGGGGUCCAUCAGGUAGCUUCCCGCGGCCUAUUUUGUGAAGUGCAAGAUGUGGUACGCGAUAUGAGUCUACAUCGGUCGAUUCUCGUGGUAGGGUCUGCACGCGUGCGAGGUGUAUCUUCUUCAAAGGAGGCCGAUGAGUCGUGGGCCCUUUCGCAACCUAUUCCAGGUCGCGAUGCAAAAUGGCCGACUGUUGCGGUCGAAGUUGGAGACUCUGAGUCCUAUGGAAAGUUGAAGGCAGACGCAGAAUGGUGGCUCACGAACUCCAGGGGCGAUGUGAAGCUUCUACUCAUCGUGUCUAUCAAUCCAAAGACACCCAAUAUCACGUUUGAGACAGCUUUUUCAGACGCGGUCGGCUCCUUACCACACCAUCAGCCCUGCUACCUCCCAACUAUACGGCAGUCCAUUACGAUAUCCCGUCACGGCGCACAGAUUACCGCCAGCCCAGAAGUACCCUUGACAAUCGAGUUUGAGGAAUUAUUUUGUCGACGACCUGUCCCGCCGGAGCAUAACAUUGAUAUCUCUCCUGAUCAGUUGAGACAUAUCUCAAGCGACGUUUGGAUGGAGCAAGGUCUAUAA